CCUCAUCCUCCCAAUCCCUCCUCUCUUCAAUAAUUGCCUUGCCCUCUCGAAUCAUAUUUCCUCAUCGAUACGUCCAUAUUAACCUUACUUUUACUGUAUCUGUACAUUUAUCUGUACAUUCAACCUCACUGACGCUGGGGCACAUGAUUUCAUAACUCUCCUCAACAUACGAACGCUCACUACAGGCUCACUUACAACAUCGUACAUUGGCUAAAUUUGACUAUCACGCGAGUCGGGACCCUAUUGCCCCUUCGCCUGUGUCAGCUUAUAUAGAAUCUGACACUGUUCACCAUCUGAUCUAGCCAUCAAGCACGUAGACCGCUUUCAGCAUUCCUCACGGACCUGAUUAGACGAUUAGACGAUUAGAAAGCACUCCGGAUUGGACAGCAGCACGCUGAAUCUGAACGGCCAAUUAUCCGGAAUUCUGGCCACUCUCAGCGACUCGGCUCGACGACUUACAGCUCAGAGGGUGGGCGUGUGUACUUACCAACUACGCCGCUGGACGACCUUUACCCGGCAGAUACCCAAAACAUUCAACUAAUUCGGCGUGUAUCUCUAUCUACGCCGUUCUUUCUUGGUUUCAUAGCUUUACCUACGAACAUACAAACAGCUGCUAAAUUUUAGCUUGAUAUGUUGUAAGGAAUUAUCCAGCAUCGCAUUCCAUCUCAAUGGGGAUACCAGUCAGAUUAGAACUUUGUCGUCCAUCCGCCAUUCCUAAUACACCUCCUGGCCCGGUCAGCCCAAGCUCAUCGACUCUCACUCCUAAGAUUCUUGAAGAACCAGCUUGGACUCCUCCUGCGCCUAUUUCUCCUCCCAUGUCUAACUAUGAUCCGAGCACCCGACCAGAUAUGCCGGCUACCAGAGAUUUUGAGGACAGCCAGAUGCGAAGAGAUAUUAAUGGUGCACCUCGACAGCAACUCCCACCUUUAAGUAGCUUGUUCGGCCCUCCUCACCACCAUGUCCGCUCAACACUCUCUCCUCUCCCGGAUCGACCAAGCCCGCUCCACAGUGCACACUCUCCUUUGGAUAGGCCACACUCAAGAAGUUCCUCUUAUUUUCCAAACGUAUCUCCUUCCUUGAGCCAGCCUCGCAGCGUCUAUGAGCCGAGGCCGGAAGCGGAGCGGCCAACACUCCCCUCGGUUGCUUCUCAGUUUCCUGGACCGCUAAGGUCUCCCACGCACGAGUAUGAACAUUUGCAUCGUGCAACGCAAGCCGAACCUGUUCCGUCUGGAAGGUGGGCGGAUUCAAGGCGGGAGUAUGUGUUCGAGUCCCGGCCGCCAAGUCCCCCUUACAGGCCGGUAAGCGAGCGUAUGCCACUCCCUCCCCUGAACCAGCGAUUUGGCUAUGAAUCAAGUCCAGUAUUCAAGAGGGAAAGUCAAAUGCGUCUAGACCCGUCAAGUCACUCGCCGACUCUAGCGAGCGUAGUUGCACCUGAAGGUGCGCCGGUAAAAGACGGGCUAGGACCUAAGAUAUGGACGGGAACACACUUUUUGCCUCGAUUUGUGAAGCAGGCUGAGGUCCCAGGAGAGGGACUGUGCUAUUUCUAUGAUGAUGGGACUCACUGCAAGACGGUCAUUGACGGAGAGCCGGUUAAUGCCCACUGGGGAGUUACGAAGGCUGGGAAGCCGAGGAAACGACUUGCGAUAGCUUGUCUCACGUGUCGGGAGAAGAAGAUCAAGUGUGACCCCGAUUAUCCUCGAUGUGUUCAGUGUGAAAAAUUCGGCAGGGUUUGCAAGUUUAAGAACGCUCCUCGUGGUGGUCACAAUACGUCUCCGGUGGCUUCAUCGGCCGAACACGAACUAUCUAGGUCGCUUGGGUCGCACCCAGGCGCAAUAGAUUUUGGAAGACCUAGGAGCGCCUCAAGUACGCCAGUCUCACCGCGUACCUCGAAAAUGAGCCAUCCGUCUCCCGAACUACUCCCUGGCUUAUCCUCUAAGAGGAUGAGGUUUUCGUAUGACGACUAUCCGCGACAACCACCGCCCCCAGCAAGUCGUCCUCCCCCAAUGAUCCCUAUCCCCGAGAUCAAACGGGCGCCUAAUGGCAGUAUGCCAUCCUGGCAGCAUCACGAUUUACCUCGCGAUAUCCUUUGUCGACCAUGGCAAACAGACUCGUAUGUAUAUGCCCUCUGAAUAAUCACUCGACCACCUGUCUUUUCUCUUCAUCAUGCACACGACUAUCAUGAGCAUUGUGCUACCCAUUCGGUUAGCGUUGCUUUAAAAUCACACCCAAAAAAUAAUGAUCAUAAUGCUUAUAUAUCUGAUACAUAGGAGACCCCAUACACGUGUAUAGAGUUUUUAAAUUCUUUCGAGCCGAAUAACUUUACCGACGAAAUAU